UUUCAAAAUCAAAAAAGCCCCCUUCAACACUCAAACACAACUCUCCACACCAAUCUCAAUCCCAACAACCAUUCCAUCUCCAUUACACCUUCAAUCAGCUUGCAGAUUGCGAUUCUCAAAGAUCUAAUUUGUCCUCCUUGUUUUGAUUUUACAUGAACACAGGUGGAAGAGUAGCGAUGCAGAGAUCUGGUUCCAACGGAGGACAUCAACAUCAGCGUCAAUAUUCAUCCUCCGAUAACUUCAUCGACACUAAUUUCAACAACAAAUGGCUUCAAUCAGCUGGCCUUCAUCAUCUCUACUCCUCUAACCCCAAUCUACCUCCACUCCAGGAUUUUGGGUUUUAUGGGAAUAAUGAUGUUGAAGGUUCAAGGUUAAACAGGAAUUCACAGAGGAAUGCAGAUGUUUUAACUCCUGGUUCUCGUUCAUCAAGCUUUACAAAGUAUGGUGGUGUGGAACAAGUGUCAUCCAAUGAGUUUAGCCCUGGGUUACUUGAUCUUCAUUCCUUCGACACUGAGCUUUUAACAGACGUUCAUAGUGAAAACAACUUGAAUUUGCUCAAUCAACCUCUAUAUGCUGAAGGUCUUGAUGAUGUCAAUGCUUAUUCCUUAACCAACAAAUUUGCUAAUAUUUCUUGUGGUCCAAUUGAGAACAACAAUCUUAAGAGCUCUUUAGCAGAUAAAGAGAAAACCAACAAUGUUGCUAAGAUUAAAGUUGUGGUGCGCAAGAGACCACUUAACAAAAAGGAACUUGCAAAAAGGGAGGAAGACAUCAUCACCAUAAACCCUAAUUCUAGUUCUCUCACUGUUCAUGAAUCAAAAGUCAAGGUAGACUUGACUGAAUAUGUUGAGAAACACGGAUUUGUUUUUGAUGCUGUUAUGAAUGAAGGUGUUACAAAUGAUGAAAUAUACUCUGAAACUGUGGAACCCAUUGUCCCGAUUAUUUUUCAGAAAACAAAAGCAACCUGCUUUGCUUAUGGGCAAACAGGUAGCGGAAAGACCUAUACAAUGCAACCCCUACCCCUCAAAGCUUCACAAGAUAUCUUCAGACUCAUGCACCACACUUACAGAAACCAAGGGUUUCAGUUGUUUGUCAGUUUCUUUGAAAUUUAUGGAGGGAAAGUUUUCGAUCUUCUUAAUGACAGAAAGAAGCUUUGUAUGAGGGAAGAUGGAAAACAACAAGUUUGCAUAGUGGGGUUGCAGGAAUACAUGGUAUCACAUGUGGAAACAGUGAAGGAGUUAAUUGAGAGAGGAAAUGCCACAAGGAGCACAGGUACAACAGGGGCAAAUGAGGAAUCUUCUAGAUCACAUGCUAUUCUUCAACUUGCUGUCAAAAGAUUAAUUGAUGGCAAUGAAUCCAAGCCUCCAAGAUUAGUUGGAAAACUAUCUUUCAUUGAUCUUGCUGGAAGUGAAAGAGGAGCAGACACCACUGAUAAUGAUAAACAAACAAGAAUGGAAGGUGCAGAAAUCAAUAAAAGUUUACUCGCUUUAAAGGAAUGUAUCAGAGCACUUGAUAACGACCAUGGCCAUAUUCCCUUCAGAGGGAGUAAACUCACCGAAGUUCUCAGAGAUUCCUUCGUUGGAAACUCGCGAACUGUUAUGAUCUCAUGCAUUUCACCAAAUUCUGGAUCUUGCGAACACACUCUAAACACAUUGCGAUACGCAGACAGGGUUAAGAGUCUAUCGAAAGGGAACAGUUCGAGGAAGGAUUUAUCAUCUUCAACAUUUAAUCUUCGGAAUUCAAUCGCGUUGCCUGUAUCGCGUUCGGAAGAUGUUAAAAUCGAGAGAUUGCCAUUGCCAUAUGAAACGAACAGAUUUGGGUGGCCGAAACAACAGGAACAUGUUUCUGUUGCGAGAUCGGUGACUUACUUACCUUCGUCGGAGAAUUACAGAAGUGAUUUUGGUAAUACAGAUGAAGAAAUCAUGGAAGAUGAUUUUGAUUAUUCGAUUGAGAAGACUGAUAUUCAGAUGAAACCUAUCGUUGAAGAAGCCAUUGAUGCUCAUGCAACUCACGAACUCAAUGCGCUUUUGGAGGAAGAGGAGAAUCUCGUGAGUGCUCAUAGGAAACAAGUGGAGGAGACUAUGGACAUCGUUAAGGAGGAAAUGAACUUGUUGGUUGAAGUGGAUCAACCAGGGAAUCAACUCGAUGAAUAUAUUUCAAAAUUAAAUAUAAUUCUUUCACAAAAAGCAGCCGGGAUUCAGCAACUACAGACACAAUUACGUGAUUUUCAAAAACAUUUGGAACAAUACAACGUUCUAUCAUCUACUUCGGGUGGCAACUAAUAUUAUAGAGAUACAAAAAGUGAGCCAUUUGUUUCUAUCUUGUUCGUGUUAAAAGAUUUGUUUUUCUUUAUAUUUAAUCUGGGCUUGGGUUGGGAUGUGAAUCAUGAAUCAUGUAAGAUUUGUAACUUGUGAUAAUUUAUACAAAAUCAAAAUGCCGUUUUGAUUUGGAAUUACCAAAA